AUUCGAAGCGUGCGGAUGUGUUUUGCUCGGCUGUGCUCGCGUCAAGUGUUUUUUUGAGUGCAAAAUGCGACGUUACGCAAAAAAAUGAUCCCGCGGCAAAUCUGCUUACUUCGAUCGUCGCUAUAGGUUAAUAAUGCCAGUGUGCCAGUGUGCUCCUGUGUGUGCAGCAAUUCCCGCCUAUAGUACGAACGCCGGGCAAUAAUGAAGCUGCAGUGGCCGUCGCGGCACAGUUGAGCGUGUGUGAACGAGAAGAUACCGAGGGUGGUGGUGUGCGUGAUAAGCAAAAGUGCAAUAAUAUAAAAAUUUAAACAAAAAGUUAGUAAAAAUCAUAUAGAUCAAUAGAUUGUGAAAGUGGUGAAAGUGUGUGCACGAAGAAAAAGGUUCCUUUAUCGGUUCCUUAAGGAGUAUAUUACAGUGCAUUUACACAUCCAGUUGACGGUUCACUACCGUUCCCUCCUCCCCCAGUCAUGAUGGCACCAGUGUUUGGGCAGCUUUUGCUUGCCAGCGAGGAGGGCAAGAUUAAUCCGGCCUCCAUACCGGUGAAGCGGGAGAAGAGCGAAGAGUCGGACGAUCUCGAUGUGAAGAUCUUCUCCGCGAAGGCGAACCUGGAGCUGCACGGCGGCACGCUGCAGAUGCGCGAAACAAAACCGUACAAAUGCACCCAGUGCACGAAAUCGUUCGCCAACUCGAGCUACCUGUCGCAGCACACGCGGAUACAUCUCGGCAUCAAGCCGUACCGGUGCGAGAUCUGCCAGCGCAAGUUCACCCAGCUCUCCCAUCUGCAGCAGCACAUCCGGACGCACACCGGCGACAAGCCGUACAAGUGCCGCCAUCCGGGCUGCCCGAAAGCGUUCUCCCAGCUGUCCAACCUGCAGUCCCACUCGCGGUGCCAUCAGACGGACAAACCGUACAAGUGCAACUCGUGCUACAAGUGCUUCACCGACGAGGCGUCCCUGCUCGAGCACAUCCCCAAGCACAAGGACUCGAAGCAUCUGAAGACGCACAUCUGCCAGCUGUGCGGCAAAUCGUACACGCAGGAAACGUACCUGGCGAAGCACAUGCAGAAGCACGCGGAAAAGGAGGAAAAGCGCCGCAACAGGGCCGCCGGUGGCGGUGGUGGUGGCGGUGGUGGAGGCAGUGGCGGCAGCGGUGGCGGUGCCGGCGCAGCGGCAGCGAGUGGCGCCAACGCUUCGGCCGGUUCCGGAGCGGCAAACGGUGGCAGCAAUAACGCGAGCAGUAACGCUAACGCCAGUAACGCUAACAACAACAGUGGCGCCGGCAGCCCCAAUGGGGGCGGUGCAGGUGGUGGCGCUGCGACGGCGGCCAAUGCGGCGGCAGUGGCGGCGGCAGCAGUGGCCGAUGCGGCUGCCGUCGGGCUGGCCGGGCUGGCCGGGCUCGGCCUGAACCGGAUGGGCGGCAUGGUGGUGGGUAAUGCGGCGGCCGCAGCGGCAGCCGUCGGGCUGGAGCAUCCCUACUGGCCGAAGGUGAGUCCGGAUUCGGCCGCCAGCCUAGCGGAAGCAAUGCAACAGCAGCAGCAGCAACAACAGCAACAGCAGCAACAACAGCAGCAACAGCAGCAGCAACAACAACAGUACGAUUUCAGCAGCAACGGGGGCAGCGGAGCGGGCGGUAACGCCGCCAACGAUCCGCAGCAUCAUCGUAACUUGAACGGGAGCAGCAGCUCCGCCAACUCGGCGGACGAGGUCGGCGAAGAUCUGGUCGUCAUCCGGCACAACAACUCCCAGCAGCAGCAGCAGCAGCAGCAGCACGUUAACAACCAAUCGAACUCCUCAUCCGCCGCCUCGAACACGUCCGCCUUUACGCCGAUCAACGUGAUGCCGCCGCACCUGAACAGUCUGGCGGCGGCCCACCAGCACCACCAGCAGCAGCUGGUUGCGGCGGCCCAGCAGCGGGCGGCGGCGGCGCCACCCUCGUACCUGUACGACGCGAUCAGCUUCCAGAACCAGAAGGCGAUCAACCAGAACGCGGCAGCGGUGGCGGCGGCCGCCGCCAACGGCUUCCCGAACCAGCUCAUCUCCCUGCACCAGAUCCGCAACUACGCGCACCAGCCGGGCGGUGGUGGUGGUGGAGGUGGUGGCCUGCUGUCCGGCGAACAUUUGCUGAUGGGUGGCGGCGUCGGGAAGGUGGAGAAAUAGUAGCUCGCGGCUCGGACGCAGCAACAGCAUCCGGGGAGGAUUGUUGUUGGUGGUGGUGGCGAUGUGUUGUGUGUUGCUGGGGCGUGAUCGGGCGGGUUCAAGCUGUCCUUUUUUGUAUUUAGUAUGUGUGUGUAUAUGGGUGUGUGUGUGAGGCAAGGAUGUAAUUAUAGGGCGAAAGUGCGCGCGCACACACACACAGGCACACCGUACUAACACAUGUACGAUCGUGUGACACGAGAUUGUUACAUCCAAGUAGGCGACUUUUCGGGUCUAUUUUGGAAUUUCUUUGAUUUGAUGAGAGUGGAGAGGGGAGUGGAAUUAUAAAGGGGCAAACGAGUGUGCCCUUGCAUUCUCCUUCCCUUUCUUCCUCCCUCUUGGUCCCAUCACCAUAGGCUUCAUUUUAAUGUGAUUUUUCUGAACAUCUUCAGACUCUCUCAUGGUGGUGGAGUAGGAUUCGAACUCUCGUUCUCUUUUGCCCAUUUUCACACACGCAUACAAAUACACAUACGCACACACACACUUAUUCACUUAGAGAGAAAGAGAGAGAGAAAUUUGUGCACGAUGAAAGUGGUGGGGAACAAAAGGAUCUCGGUGAUUUUAUUUUAUAGUACGAAUUAGUUGAACGGCAAAACGUUUAAAGAAAGUGUUUAAAAAGUGUGUCUGUGUGUGUGUGUGCGUGUAUGUAUGUGUGUGAAGGGGACAAAAUUGUAGACAGAGAAACAAAUGAAUUCCUAAUUUUUAGAAGCAAACGACCCGACCCUCCCCCCCCUUCCCCCUCGAUACACACCCACAAUCACAAGCACAACCCGGCCCACAAGCACGCCCUAAUUGUAAGUAAUCGAACGAUCGUGUUUGGACGAUCGUGGAGCGAUCGCGACAAGCAAAAAAGGAGGUAAAAGUGGCGAUCAUGUAAAUAUAGGCAAAGGAAAACAAAGGGGAGUAGCUAUAAAUAUUAUAUAUAUAUAUAGAUACAUACAAGAAUAUAUGUAUAUGUAAAACAUCUCUAUCAAUGUACUAUCACUCGAAGUGUGUGUGCUCUCCUGGGUGUGUGUGUGUGUUACUACAACUCCUGUUGCGUUAUUGUACAAAUUAAAACAAAGCAUCCCUCUCCCCUCAGGGGGGGCCAAGCUAGCCAAGGGUCUCUGCUUUUAUGUCGACGCUUUCCCCCGUCGUUUCUUCACGCUUUCGCUUCUUCCAACUCAACUCACAGUUUGCAAACAAAAAAGAUGCAUUUAAAAAAAACCCAAAAAACGAAACAACACAAUCUUGUGCGGAUGAGAAGGAUAGACGAGAGAGAGAGGGAGAGAGAAGAACGCGAAGCGGUUGGCGAAAGGGAUAAAGAGCUUGAUCGGACACGUGCCUUGGCCUGUGUCGGUGUGUGUGGGAGGAGGGGGGGGGGGUAACAGUUUCCUUUUUUUAUUACAUAAAUUUUAGUUGCCUUACUGCUUAAGUUUCUUUUGUACACGGGAGCAAACGUAUCAUUAGAAGCAAAUGUUUGUGUGUAUAUCUGUGGGUGUGUGCGUGCGUGCGUGUGUGCACACGUAAACUCCCCGUAAAACGUAAACUCCCGAUCGUUCCGCAAUGGGGCGGGGUGGGAUGGGAAUGCUGCCACACUCCAAGAAUUGUUUCCACUUUCUCGAAGAAAGUGCAAACCGGAACGAUCGUUUGUCGCACACACACACACACACACACUCACACAUUCAAGCUGAAUCGAGAGAAAAAGGAGGGACACGAGGAAGAGACAGAUAUUUACUUAAAAGGUGUAGCACAGCACGAGAUUCGUAUCUUCUUCAAAUUAUGAAUAGCAGCAAAAACACACAGGAAACAUGCAACACAAGAAAAAGAGCAAAAAAUAAACAAACAAAGCUCACUACUGCACCCACAACAAAGAUGGACAAGAAAAAAUGGAAAAGAAAAGGGGGAGUAAGAAAAAGUGAACAACACAAAACGAAUUGAGGGUGUAAACAAAACACACAACAACAGAGCUAACUUAGCAGAAAAGGUAGUAGUAGUAGUAGUGGUGGUAAGUGGAUAAGCACGUGCUCUAAAGCCGGUAGCAAACUGCGUAUAAAUUAAAAGAAAAGAAAGAAAACGCGACUUAGAUUUAGAGGCGAAGGAGAAGAGAGAUGUGAUGAUGGUGCCCCACACCACGGUAGUAUGGGGCGUUGUGGUGUGAGAGUGUGUACCGGCGGCAUAAUGUAGUAGCGAAGCGUGUUUAGCCGUAGUGUUGUGUUUGGUCGUCGGAAAAGUGUGUAGAAAUUAAAGAAAGAUACACGACGUCAGAACAAAAAUGGAAAAAAGGUAUGGUAAAAGAAAAAAACUCCCUCGGAGGAGUGCAGAAGAAGAGGAGCAGGAACAUAAGCAGGAGCAGCAGUAGACAGUAGUAAACAAAAACAAAACAAAAACAGUAGCGCGCCAGCUGAUGCAAAACAAAUCUUUUAUGAUUAAAUAAAACAGAGUACCGAAAAAGAAAAACAACACACAACAUAAUUUAAAAUAA